AAGAAUUUCAUCUUCGUGUCAAGAUUCCUAGACACUCAGUUGGACGACCCUGCCCUGCUCAUUACUGUGUAAUUCCCAUAAUGCCCUCAUCUCUCUCUUAGUAUUCCAUGCUGACCAAAUCUAGCCGCCGGUGAGAAUGACCCUCCCGAAGCCCGCAUCUCCGUCCGGGCUCUCCGCCCUCCUCCGCCGCGAGAAAGACCCGAAGCUCGCUCUCCGCCUCUUCCAAACUCCCAAUGGCCAAUGCUCUCCAGAGAAGCCCUUCCGCCACUCCCUCCUCUCCUACGACCUCAUCAUCACCAAGCUCGCUCGCGCCAAGAUGUUCCCCGAAAUGGAAGCGAUCCUCCGGAGGCUCAGAGACGAGACCCAUUUCUACCCAAAAGAGCCGAUGUUCUGCCACGUCAUCACCUCCUACGGCCGAUCCCGCAUGCCCGACCCGGCCGUCCGGACCUUCGAGUCCAUCCCCUCGUUCCGCUGCCGGAGGACCGUCAAGGCGUUUAACACCCUGUUGAACGCGCUCCUCAAGUGUGAAGAGUACGGGAGAAUGAUCGAAUUCUUUCAUAAUAUAGAGAAGUACGCGUACCCAGAUGCGUGUACUUAUAACAUAUUGAUCAACGCUUGCGGGGUAGUCGGGCGGUUGGACGAUGCUUGUAAACUGUUCGAUGAAAUGCCCAGGAGAGGUGUUUUCCCAAAUGUGGUCACUUUCGGGACCUUAAUUUAUUGGCUUUGCGUGGAUAACAGGUUCGAGGAGGCUUUUGAGUUGAAGGACAACAUGGUUAGAGCUCACGGGAUUCUUCCCAAUGCGCACAUCUACGCCUGUUUGAUCAAAGCGGCUUGCAAGGUUACGGACUUGAGCAAUGCGUUUGGGCUUAAAGAUGAGAUGCUGAGUAAUCGGGUCGAGUUGGAUUCAGCCAUAUAUAAUACACUCAUAAAUGUUCUCUUCAAGGCUGGGAGGAAGGAUGAGGUUUCUGGGCUUUUAGAGGAGAUGCGAGAGAAGGGCUGUGGGCCAGACACAGUGACAUACAACACGAUGAUCAGUGCACUCUGUGACAAGAAGGACUUUGAGGCAGCUCACCGGAUUUUAGAUGAGAUGGCAGUGAACGGGUCAAAACCCGAUGUGAUAAGCUUCAAUGUGAUCAUUCGUGGGUUGUGUAAGGAGGGGAAACUGCAGGAGGCGAGUGAUUUGUUCGAGGACAUGCCUAGACAGGGUUGCCGUCCUGAUGUUGUGUCCUACCGGGUAUUGUUUGACGGUCUGAGCAUGCACAGGCUUCUUGAGGAAGCUGUGCUUAUUUUGGAUGAGAUGCUUUUUCAAGGUUAUGCUCCCCGUGAUUCGAGUUUGAAUGAGUUCUUGCACAAUUUGUGUGAGGAAGGAAAGCACAAACUAUUAGUAAGAGUCUUGACUAGUCUCGGGAAGGGAAAUCUUAUUGAAGCUGAUAUUUGGGCAAGAGUCGUUUCUCUUGUGUGUGAUAAGGAAACAGAUUUGUGUUCGGAGACAAUAGAUCAUCUGACAGACUCUUGUGUGUGAUAAGGAAACAGAUUUGUGUUCGGAGACAAUAGAUCAUCUGACAGACUCUUGUGUGUGAUAAGGAAACAAUUUUGUGUUCGAAGACAAUAGAUCAUCUUACAGUAUGUGAAUAUUGAAUUGGAGCUCUUGUUCUAGAAUCAGCCUAACUAUGGGGAAAGGUUUUGCUUGCUGAGUCCUCUGUUAUGGCAUCCCAAACCGCGUUCCGAUAGUCCACGAUUGAUGAAGACGGAGAAGGUGGUUAACAAUUUUUUUCUCGUGCGUGAUAAGGAAACGGUUUUGUGUUUGAAGACGAUAGAUAUCUGACAGUGUUGUGAAUAUUGAAUUGGAGCUCAUGUUCUAGAAUCAGCCUAACUUGCUAUGGGACUGGUAUUGCCUGCUUUAAUCCUCUGUUAUGGCAUCCUAGGCUACACCUGUUUCUGACAGUCCGCGAGCGAUGAAAAAGUGGUUAACAAGUUGCAACACGAAAUGACUUAGCCUUGAUUUAUUGAGGUUUGGUUUUGUCUCAGACAUUUCAUGAGUAGUUGCAGAGAUGUCGAAACUGAGAGAUGAGUCUACUGACUAUCUCUCCACAGAACCAGGGAGUGCUCUUAUGGCAUAGCAUUUUACUAGAUCGCGUGCAAAUGGGUAUCCGGCUCGUCUUCCUUGACGCAAUUUCCAAAUGGUUGCAGAUCAGCAUUUAAGUAAAGGAACCGGCGAACCGCUUAACCCUAGCUGUACAUAUUUGAUUCAUAUUGUUUUUUGGAAGUCUGAUGACAUAUCUAAGUAGUGGAAAGCAUGAUUUCUCCAAUGAGUUGUUCCUUGAUGAGGAAAUCCUUGUCAAAA